GUUGUUGAAGUAUCGUUUGGUGUCUGCAUGCAGCAGCCGGAGUUCAGCAGUAACUCUUGUAGAAAUUGUUUUAGAGGGUUCUCUUCGAAAUGGACGUUAUUCUGACCCAUGCAGAAGGAAAGUUGUGCAUGGUGUCAUUGUACAGCACUUUAAACUCGGCUCAUGUUUAAGGUGUUUAAGGACCGAGUCUCCCUGCAGUGUCUGCAUUGUCUGCACAGUUCUCAGAGAGCAAUUGGAGGAACAGCUCCAUGAUGGAGCUUCAACACUCCAGCAGCAGAGGAGGAACCUCUGAUCCAAAGUUAAAUGAUGUAGGAUCUCCAGAACUCAGCUGUGUGUCUAUGAACAGUGACAGGUCCAUGAGGAACCCUCCUGUAUUCAGCAGUGGAGGAGGAGAACCCAGCCGUGUGUCUAUGAAGAGUGACGGGUCCAUGAGGAACCCACCUGUAUUCAGCAGUGGAGGAGAACCCAGCUGUAUGUCUAUGAAGAGUGACGGGUCCAUGAGGAACCCUCCUGUAUUCAGCAGUGGAGGAGGAAAACCCAGCUGUGUGUCUAUGAAGAGUGACGGGUCCAUGAGGAACCCUCCCGUAUUCAGCAGUGGAGGAGGAGAACCCAGUUGUGUGUCUAUGAAGAGUGACGGGUCCAUGAGGAACCCUCCCGUAUUCAGCAGUGGAGGAGGAGAACCCAGCUGUGUGUCUAUGAAGAGUGACGGGUCCAUGAGGAACCCUCCCGUAUUCAGCAGUGGAGGAGGAGAACCCAGCUGUGUGUCUAUGAAGAGUGACGGGUCCAUGAGGAACCCUCCCGUAUUCAGCAGUGGAGGAGGAGAACCCAGCUGUGUGUCUAUGAAGAGUGACGGGUCCAUGAGGAACCCUCCUGUAUUCAGCAGUGGAGCUAUACCCGCUGACCCAGAUCAACGCUCCACAGAGGCAACACUGCAGAUGAACACAGUUGGAGGGAACUAGAGAACUGCAGCAGGAUUCUUACCAACCAUUGGAUAUUGACCUGCUCAGAGUCUUAGAGAGACACAAAACCAGCAUGAAGAACAAGUACGAGAGCUUAUUUGAGGGAAUUAAAACACAAGAGAAUAAAUCCCUCCUGAACAGGAUUUACACACAGCUCUACAUCAUAGAGGGAGAGAGUGAAGGAGUGAAUGAAGAACAUGAGGUUCUACAGAUGGAGAAAACUCCCAGGAAACACCUACAAGACACUCCAAUCAACUGCUUAGAUAUCUUUAAACCUCAAGAUUUGAAAGACGGAAAAAUUAUAACUGCAAGAGAUGAACAUUUAAGACAGAAAGAAGGACAAGAAUUAAAAGUGCAGAAACUCAAAACUGUACUAACUAAAGGCAUUGCUGGCAUUGGAAAAACUGUCUCUGUGCAGAAGUUCAUUCUGGACUGGGCUGAAAGAAAAGCCAAUCAGGAUAUAGAUUUCAUGUUUGUGCUUCCUUUCCGAGAGCUGAACUUGAUUAAAGAUGAUCAAUACAGUCUUCAUGGACUUCUGUGUGACUUCCAUCCUGAGCUCAAAGAUCUGGACCCAAAGAUUUAUGAUCAGAUCAAAGCUGUGUUUAUAUUUGAUGGUCUGGAUGAAAACAGAAUUCCACUGGACUUUAGGAGUAAGAAAGUAUCUGACAUCACCAUGACAUCAUCAGUGGGUGUGUUGAUGACAAAUCUCAUCAAAGGAGAGCUGCUUCCCUCUGCUCUAAUCUGGUUAACCUCCCGACCAGCAGCAGCCAAUCAGAUCCCUCCUAAAUACAUCAACCGUGUGACAGAAAUUCAGGGAUUCAGUGACCCACAGAAGGAGGAGUACUUCAGGAAGAGAAUCAGUGAUGAAGACCAAGCCAAGAGAAUCAUCUCACACAUUAAGAAAGUGAGGAGCCUCCACAUCAUGUGUCACAUUCCAGUCUUCUGCUGGAUCUCAGCCACUGUUCUUCAGCAAAUCAUGAAACAGCAUCAUACAGAAAUCCCAAAAACUCUGACUGAAAUGUACUCACACUUCCUGCUCACUCAGACCAACAUGAAGAAUGAGAAGUAUGAGGAGAAAGACGAGAAAGACCCAAAGAAACUGCUGGAAUCCAACAGAACAAUUCUCCUGAAACUGGCUGAACUGGCUUUCAAACAGCUGAUGAAGGGCAAUGUGAUGUUCUAUGAAGAGGAUCUGAGAGAGAGCAGCAUUGAUGUCACUGAGGCUUCAGUGUAUUCAGGGAUUUUCACUGAGAUCUUUAGGGAGGAAUGUGUGCUUUACCAGAGGAAGGUCUACUGCUUUGUUCAUCUGAGCUUUCAGGAGUUCCUGGCUGCUGUUUAUGUGUUUCACUGCUAUGAGAGCAAGAACAUGAAGGCGCUACAGAUAUUUAAACUACGGUACAGUGAGUGGUCUGAGAAUGUUUUGCUGGGUUUUUUUAACCCACGGUACAGAGACUGGUCUGCGGAUGUUCCACUGGAUGAGGUGCUGAAGGGAGCAGUAAAUAAAGCAGUAAAGAGUAAGAAUGGACGGCUGGAUCUUUUUCUCCGUUUUCUGCUGGGGAUUUCACUGGAGUCCAAUCAGAGACUCCUACAGGGUCUACCAACACUUAUACAGAGCAGCUCGGAGAAAAUCAUUGAGUACAUCAAAUACUUAAUCAAAGGCGAUGAUAAUGAACAAGAUCACAUCUCAACUGAGAGAUCCAUCAAUCUGUUCCUCUGUCUGUCUGAAAUGAAUGACCAAUCUCUUUCCAGAGAGCUUCAUGAGUAUCUAAAAUCAGAAAAUCACUCAGAAGAGAAUCUUUCUCCUGGACAGUGUUCAGCACUAGCCUAUAUGCUCCUGAGCUCAGAGGAGGUGCUGGAUGAGCUGGACCUGAAGAAAUACAGUAAAUCAGUGGAGGGUUAUAGGAGACUGAUCCCAGCGGUGAGCAUCUGCAGAAAAGCUCGAAUAGCUGGCUGUAAUUUCACCAAGGACUCAUGUGAAAUGCUUUGCUCAGCUCUACAAUCAGUAAACUACCUGAAAGAACUAGACCUCAGUAACAAUAACUUGCAGGAUUCAGGAGUGGAGCUGCUCUCUACUGGACUGAAGAGUACACACUGCAAACUGGAGACACUCAGACUAGCUGGCUGUAAUCUCACUAAGGUCUCCUGUGAAUCCAUUUGCUCAGCACUACAAUCAGCAAACUGCCCCCUGAAAGAACUGGACCUCAAUAACAAUAACCUGCUGGAUUUAGGAGUGGAACUGCUCACUGUGGGACUGAAGAGAUCACGCUGUAAACUGGAGACACUCAGACUCGCUAUCUGUAAUCUUGGGGAGAAAGCUUGUGAAAAUCUGAGAUCAGUUCUACAAUCAGCAAACUCCUCCCUGAAAGAACUAGAUCUCAGUAACAAUGACCUGCAGGAUUCAGGUGUGCAGAUACUCUCUGCUGGACUGCAAAGUUUAAACUGUAAACUGGAGAAACUCAGAUUCUCUGGAUGUAUGUUUAAAGAUGAAGGUUGUUCUUCUCUGGUGUCAGCUCUGAAAUUAAACCCAUCCCACCUGAGAGAACUGGAUCUGACCUAUAAUCACCCAGGAGAGUCUGGAGUGAAGCUGCUCUCUGAUCUACUGGAGGAUCCACACUGUGCACUGGACAAACUCAGGGUGGAUCAUGGAGGAGAGAUCAGGAUGAAAUCAGGACUGAAGAAAUAUGCUGUUGAUCUCACUUUGGAUUCAAACACAGUGCACACUCAUCUCUCUCUGUCUGAGGGGAACAGAAAGGUGGAGCGUGCAAGAGAGGAUCUGCCAUAUCCAGAUCAUCCAGACAGAUUUGAGUACCGUGACCAAGUUCUGAGUGUGGAGAGUCUGACUGGACGCUGUUACUGGGAGGUUCAGUGGAGCAGAGAGGCUGUUAUAUCAGUUUCAUACAGAGGAAUCAGGAGGAAAGGACACAGUGAUGACUUUCUGUUUGGAAACAAUAAUCAGUCCUGGUGUCUGAUCUGCUAUAAUAACAGGUAUUCUGUUAGAUACAAUAAACAGAGAACUGCUGUACCUGCCCCUCCCUCCCCGUCUAACAGAGUAGGAGUGUAUCUGGACUGGGAGUCUGGCAUUCUGUCCUUCUACACCAUCUCCCCUGACACACACACACUGACCCACCUACACACAUUCACCACCACAUUCAAUGAACCGCUCUAUGCUGGAUUCUGUGUUUAUGAUGACUCUGUGCAAUUGCGUGAGAUAGAAUAACCUCCUGAAUCCUGGAGGAAAAACUAAAAUAACAGAAACACCCGAUAGAUAGAUAAAUGCUUUAUUGAUCCUGAAGGAAAUUUAGCAGCCAGUAGCAGUCACACAACACAGGACAGUAAUAAGGAUGUAAACAAUACAACAGGAAGAAUAAAUAUAAAAAGAUCCUAUCUACAGGCAUAUAUACAAAUAGAAAAAUACAACAAUCUGAAAUAAUAUCUUUAACCAGAGAUGAAAAGAUGCAGUGCAAUAAUGACUGUACAAGGAGGCACAGGUAACGGCAUAUAAUGACAAUACUGAAGAAAUAUGUGUAGAUAUUAGUACCAAAAUAAUGUCUACUGACAUACUGACUAUAAGGCCUAUGAUUUGUGAUUUAACAUGAGAUUCAGAUUCAAUCUACUGUGCUUAUCAUUACAUAUUUUAUUAAAAUAAUAAUACAUAUAAUUUAUUUUAUUUAUUUUUAGUUCACUUUGUAGUACUAAUAAUAUACAACCCAAUUUCCAAAAAAGGUUGUGAUGCUAUGCAGAAUGUAAAUAAAAAUAGGAUGAAAUGAUGUGCAACUCAUGUAAAUCAUAUUUUUAAAGGAAAAUACUACAAAGACAACAUAUCAAAUGUUGAAACUGAGAAAUUUUACUGUUUUUUGAAAAACAUAUGCCCAUUUUGAAUAUGAUGCCAACAACGCGGUCCAAAAAAGUUGGGAUGUUCUUUUAACAACACUCGUAAGUGUUUGGGAACUGAGGAGACCAACCGCUGUAGAUGUGAAAGUGAAAUGUUUUUCAUUCUUAAUUAACAUAGGAUUUCAGCUGCUCAACAGUUUGGGGUUUCUUUUGAUGUAUUUUUCAUUUUAAUAAUGCGUGAAAUGUUUUUAGUGGUGACAGGUCCGGACUGCAGGCAGGCCAGUUUAGUCCCCGGACUCUUUUAAUACAGAGAAAUGCUGUUGUAAUACAUGCAGUAUGUGGUUUUACAUUAUCUUGCAGAAAUAAGUAGGGGUGUAAAUUGCAUGAUUCAUCACAAUACGAUCUUACAUCGAUU